AAACAAGGUCAAGAACUCCUAGACUAGAUACUCCUGAAGACUCCUCACACCUAACAUUCGGUGGUGAUUCCUUGAUUCUUGCAGCAGGAAAAGAACCAUGUUCUUCUAUGUUCUGUAUUCUGUGUUCUAAGUUCUAUGACACACCUUUACCUAUGAGGUAGGUCAUAUUGUUAUGCCCAUUUUAUAGAUGAAGAAAUUGAGGACAGAUCUAAGGGACUUGCCAGGGAGCCCACAGCUAGUAUGUGCACGCUGCCUCUUCGGUUGGCUUUUGCUACCAAGUCAAUAUUCUCCAAGUAGUUCAUUUCUAUUGCCCCUGGAGCCAAAGGACAUAAGCGAAUGAACUGGAUAACUGGGAAAUACAAACAUACAUGACUUCAUCCCUCAAACCAAAGAUGAAAAGAUUCACAGGGUUUGAAGAAUUUUGAUUGCACUGAUUAGUAUUCUCCAACUUAAUGUCCCUCCUAUUCAUUUGAAUCACUUGACAAGGGAAAGAUAACCCAUCCUUUGCCCAAGGUUCCUUGGGGGCCCUCACCCAGAGAUGUAACCCUGUGCCAAUUAAUGCUUAAAACUUGCUUGGACCCUGCCCUGAUCUGCCCUGGGUUUGAAUCCUGCCUCAGAUACUUGCUAGCCAUGUGACCAUCAGGGAGGCACUUAGCUUUACUGAGCCUCAGUUUCCUCAUCUGAAAAAUGAAGAUAACAGUACAUAUGAGACAGUACUAUAGAGAUCUAGUGGUAGGCCAUUCACACCUUUCAUUUGGAAGCUGGACAGGGAAAGAAUCCGGAGGUGAGAGUAUGGCCAACAGUAGCCCCCAAACUCACAAAAGGAUGCUCAAAACAUACCCCCUGCCCCAGACCCUGCCUGCUUUCUGUUGGACUAAGGAGGAGAGAGAGUCAGGAUGGGUUGAUGGAGAGAGUGCUUCACUGGGGGUCAGGAAGACUCAGGCUCAAAUUAGGCCUCUCAUACAUGCCCCUAACAUCCCUGAACCUCAGUUUCUUUCUCUCAUAGUCUCGAAUGCACCUUCCAACUUUAAUUCGAGGAUCCUCUGAUCUUGGCUCAAAGGGCAAAACUGGGAGUGAUGGGAUAGGUUCCUGCUUGACAUUGGCAACUUCUUAUCAAAAUGAGCUUUCCAAAAUUGGAAUGGCCAGGCAUGCUGCCAUGACAGGCAGACGUGUUAGCCCACAUGUUCUCUGAGGUCCCUUCCAAAUCUGGGGUGCUAUGGGGUGAGGUCUGGCAGGAAAUGAGAUUCCCUGGGGAUCCCAACUAACUCUCUUAAAAUUUUUCUCUCCCAUGAGAGCUAGCUUCCCAGCAGGUCGAUGAGUCCUUUGUCAGUCUGGUCCCAGCCUUCUGGUCCCUGUUUCCUGUCCUCCUCCCAUCCCUCCUCCCAUCUCUAGCCCUCCCCAGCCUCAUUGGUGCAGGCAGCUCUCACAGGCCAGGGCACAUUUAGCCUGGAGGCUCCUGGGGAGCAGAGGCAACAGGAGCAGUGGCUCGGAAAGUGAGGGGGCUGGGAAUUGGAGGGCUGAGGGUGGACUGAGCAAGGUAGACCGAGCCAGGACAAGGUGCCUUGCCAUGGGCACAGGACUGGCUCUGAUCUUCACUCUGCUUCUGACUACCUCUCAGGAUGGCAGCAAUGCAACCCCCUGGGGACCUCCAGGAGGCCUUGAUCAAGGUAGUGGUGGUUUCUGGGGGCUCCAAGGGGGUCCAGACUCUGGCAGUGGCUGGGGACCCCAGGAGAUCCAGACCAGCAGCAGUGGUUGGGGGUCCCUGGACAACUCGGGCAGUGAAAGAGACUUCAACUGCAACAGUGGCUGUGGACUCCCAGGAGGCCAAGACCAUGGCAGUGGCUGGGGACCUUCGGAUAGCACCACCGAUGCCAAGAGCUCAGGGAUCACACACCCACUCUUCUUCUCUCUGGAUUACCAACAUGUACAGGUGCCCUUUGAGAUCACACUAUGGAUCAUGCUGGCCUCACUGGCCAAGAUCGGCUUUCACCUUUACAGUAAACUGCCUUCGGUUGUUCCAGAAAGCUGCCUCCUGAUUUUUGUGGGGCUCAUCAUGGGCGGAAUCAUUUAUGGCUUAAAUGACAAAUCUCCACCCAUCAUGGACAGUGACAUAUUCUUUCUCUACUUACUUCCCCCGAUUGUCCUCGAUGCGGGCUACUUCAUGCCCAGUCGGCCCUUUUUUGAGAACAUUGGUACUAUCCUUCUGUAUGCAGUUGUGGGCACCCUCUGGAACGUGCUUGGGAUCGGCCUUUCCCUCUAUGGCAUCUGCCAGGUGGAGUACUUCAGCCUGAGGGAUGUCUCCUUACUCCAUAACCUCUGGUUUGGGACUCUGAUCGCCGCAGUGGAUCCCGUGGCUGUGCUCUCAGUGUUCGCAGAGAUGCACGUGAAUGAGAAGCUUCACAUUUUGGUUUUUGGGGAGUCUCUCCUUAAUGAUGCUGUGAUUGUUGUUCUCUAUAAAUUAUUUCAGUCCUUCAAUGAAAUGUCAUCUAUCACAACGGUGGAUAUUUUGGCUGGGAUGGGAAAGUUCUUUGUUGUUGGCAUCGGAGGAGUCUUCAUCGGUCUCCUGUUUGGAAUGGUUGCUGCCUUUACCACUCGCUUUACCAAGGCCAUCCGUGUCAUUGAGCCCCUCUUUGUCUUCUUGUAUAGCUACCUGUCCUAUCUCACUGCAGAAAUGUCUCAUCUCUCUGGAAUUGUGGCCGUCAUUGCCUGUGCUAUGAGCAUGAAGCGCUAUGUGGAGGCCAACAUUUCCCAGAAGUCUCACACCACCAUCAAGUACUUUCUGAAGAUGUGGAGCAGUGUGAGUGAUACGCUCAUCUUCAUCUUCCUCGGGGUUUCAACCAUCAGCGAGAACCAUGAGUGGAACUGGCCAUACAUUUGUUUCACCGUCAUUUUCUGUCUGGUGUGGCGAGCAUUAGGUGUCCUUGUGCUGACCUUCUUUGUGAAUAAAUGUCAUGUGAACACAGUCACCAGAAAGGACCAGUUCAUUAUCGCCUAUGGAGGUUUGAGGGGGGCCAUCUGUUUCUCCCUUGUUUUUCUCCUCCCCGACUUUCCCCGGAAGAAACUCUUCAUUGCAGCAACCACUGUUGUGAUCCUCUUCACUGUUUUUGUACAGGGGAUGACCAUUCGUCCUCUUGUUGACUUAUUAGAUGUGACCCGAGGAAGAGAAACUUCUCCAACUGUGAGUGAGCAGAUUCAUAUCCGAUUCUUGGAUCACUUGCUGGCUGGCAUUGAAGACAUAUCUGGACACUGGGGACAAUAUUACUGGAAAGACAAAUUGGAAUAUUUCAAUAGCCAAUACCUGCAGAAGAUUUUGCUGCGGGAUUAUGACCAGCCCAAAUCCAGCAUUGUACUCCUUUAUGAAAAGCUAGAGAGGAAACAUGCCAUUGAACUGGUAGAAGCUGGCCAACUGGUCCAUCCUCCAGCCAGCGCACCUCAGAGCCACAGUCAUGAAGCAGCCACAGCAGCCUCAGCCCUAACCCCUCUUGAUCAAGAUGCCACGGAUAAUAUCCAGCAGAUAUUGGCUACCAAUCUAUAUAGAAUCAGGAGAGGGGCUCCUGCAUAUAACAGACAUACCCUUCCAGGGGAAACAGGGGAAGCCGAAGAAGCCAAGGAGAUUCUUAUCCGCAGACACAAGAACCUGCACCUUAACCUUUCCAGAAGCGAUUGGGAGCAAGCCGUCAUGGAGAAAGCUGUGGAAUUCUUAGCUCAACGUGGUUAUGAGAUGAAGUCAAAAAGGUGCCAGUCUCUAACUGUAGGGGAUCCUAGAGAGGUUCCUGAUGUGAAAUGCAGCCGAUCCAAGUCAACUUGUCACAUCACUCCUCUGAAGUUCAGUGGCAUGGAAUGGGUUGAUGAAGAAGAAAUGGACCAAGAACAAGGAUUAUAAGGAUCAAACUCUGGGAUUACCUUUGAUGCCAUGGAAUGGUCUCUUACUUAUUUACCCAACUAUUCAGCACUUAGAUUUGUUUUUUGUGGGAAGAAGGCCAGGACUUGUAAUUUUACCAAGUGUGGAAGUUCCCUUUAGUGACACAGGUUGGCAACUUGUCCGUAACUUAUGAUGUUUUACAGUUGUCAAAUCUCAUUUAAAAAUAAAAUACAGAGUUGAAGCUACCAAGAAGAUGUCUGCACAGAUGGGGUCUGCUACAUCUGUAUGAAGAUGAUGUCAUGGGCAUCUCUGCAGCUGCCAAGCAUGAUAAGUACCCUAUUUCUGCUACUGGGCAUCACUCAGGUCUUUAUCGGACUUCUGUGCUCCCCUUGGAACUUCAGGUUGUAAACACAUGUAAUCAGACGGGGAGCUUAGAAAAGAGUUUGGGAAAAUGACGAAUACGUUUGACAAAUAAAACUCAAGAAGAAAGGUUAAUAAGACUGAGCAGCAAGGGAACUGAGGCGACUUUCACAAGCUUACGGUUAAGAGUGGAUAUUCUCCGUAGUCCAUUAGAACUAGGGAAAUGCAUGCUAUUUAAAAUCUAGGAAAAGACACAGUGGCAUCAUGGAAAGAGUACUGGAGUUGGAUCCAGGAGAAACCUGGCUUUGAGACCAUGUUUAGUCACCAAACCUCCCUUCCUUUAAUGGGGAUGAUAUCAGAAGUAGGUAGGGCUGUGGUGAAGUCAGAAUCAUAAAAGCAAUUAGAAUAAUGGCAUAGCACUGCUGGGGGAGGGCCAAGGUCUGUUGGGUGUGAUACCUUCAAGGGCAGGCCUUACUGCCAGAAAUUGCCUUUGGCCUGAUAAGCAAGCCUCUAAGACAGUGGCCAGGCUGGUACUGUGGAAAGAAGACAGAGAAGAGCCUGAGGAUCCCUCUUUAAGUUCUGUCUCUGACACUUGCCAGCUGCGUGGUUUUGAACAAGGAGCCUUGCUCACCUCUUUUGGCUCUGUUCCCUCAUCUGGGAAAUGAGAGGAUUGGGUUGGCAUUCAAAGUCUCUUUCGUCCAUGCUCCUAAAUGACUUCUCCCUCUCCAUUCUCAAGUGGUACACUUUGGUCUUUCUUUACCUUCAUCUUCACCGUGUGAAACUGUACACAUUCCAUGUUUGGGGGAAACUUUAGCCAAAAUGUAUUUGACUUUAGCAUCUUCAUUGUACCAAAAAUGGCACCAUCAAAAAACCCAGCUUCUGCUUGAACCCUUGCGUUAUUCCUCUUUUUAAUGAUCACUUUAGAUUUCCAAAAGCAAAGUUUCACUGUCAUCCAACAGGAGUUACCAUGGUCAUUCCCUGCAGUAGCAGCAGGAAGGCCAGAUAUUCUGAAACUAGUGGAAGAAGAAUGAUAGGAAAGAGCUCUGACCUGAGAGCCAUGACAGAAAUUGGAGUUCAAUUUCCGAUUUUGCUCCUUAUUAGCUACUUUGGCUCUGUUCAGGCCAUUUUUCUUUUCUGAGCCUUAGUUUCUCCAUCUAUAAAAUGGGGAGAUUGGGCCUAAGGCUUCAUCAAGCUCUAAUUCUGAGUCAGCUGAAAUAGGGGACUCAGAGAUGGAAAGGACUAGCACCAAAAGGAUUUGUUUUUUCUUUCCCAAAUCAUGAAUUUCCAGCUUAGGGAAGGAAGAAAAGAGAGUUGUGUUGCUCAUCUUCUCUCUUUUUCCCCCCUUUAAACAUUAUUUUAUUUGGUCAUUUCCAAACAUUAUUCAUUGGAAACAAGGAUCAUUUUCUUUUCCUCCCCCCUUCCCCCCACCCCUCCCAUAGCUGACGUGCGAUUCCAUUGGGUAUCACAUGUGUCCUUGAUUUAAACCCAUUUCCAUGUUGUUGGUAUUUGCAAUAGGGUGUUCAUUUAGAGUCUGUCCUCAGUCAUAUCCCCUCCACCCCUGUAGUCAAGCAGUUGCCUUUCCUUGGUGUCAUCUUCUCUUAAAGUAAGGAUUCCAUAGAUGGAGAGGGUCUCUGAAGCCAUCUAGGCCAACUCAUUCAUUUUACAGUUGAAGAAACAGACUUCCCUAAGGUCACAUAGGUUAAGAAUCAGUAGAUCUGAAGUUUGGACUCUAAGUCUUGUUACUCUAGCUUCACUGUUUAUUCUUCUAUGCCCUGCACUGGUCACAACUGAAAGAGUUUGAGUAUUAUCUCUUCUAGCCUGUAUCCUUUUCCUAGUUUUCCUCUGAAUUCUUCUUUUAUCCAGCCAGGGAUGGAUGUUAUAGUUAUCUACAUUUUUGGGUCUGCUUUUUAUUUUUUGCAAUAAAGAGUAUUAUUUGUGAAUAGAGUGCUAGAUUUGGAAUAAAAAAGACCUGAGUUCAAAUUCUACCUGAGAUACGUACUAGCUGUGUGACUCAGAGAAAGAAUUUAUUUAACUCCUAUAUGCCCCAGGGAACUUUCCAGGCCUUAUGGACUAAAUUAUAGCCAGAGGUCUAUUCUAUAUUGUUCGAGGGGAGUUCCCUAACCUGAUAGAGUAAUGAAUUCUCCAGGAUUUGGGUUAUUUUUAUACCACUCUCAUUGCCCCUAACCUGGGAGUCCUCUUUUGUAACAAAGAGAAUCAUUUCUACAAAACAAACCUUCUUUUUUUUUAAUUUUAAACAUUAUUUUAUUUGGUCAUUUCCAUACAUUAUUCACUGGAAACAAAGAUCAUUUUCUUUUCCUCGCCUCCCCCCCUCCCACCACCUUUCCCUCUCCCAUAGCCGAUGCCCGAUUCCACUGGUUAUCACAUGUGUUCUUGACUCGAACCCAUUUCCCUGUUGUUGGAAUUUGCAUUAGAGUGUUCAUUUAGAGUCUCUCCUCAGUUAUAUCCCCUCCACCCCUGUAGUCAAGUAGUUGCUUUUCAUCGGUGUUUCUACUCCCACAGUUUGUCCUCUGCUUGUGGGUAGUGGUUUUUAGAUCCCUGCACAUUGUUCAGGGACAUUACACCGCCACUAAUGGAGAAGUCCAUCACCUUCGAUUAUACCACAGAGUAUCAGUCUCUGUGUACAAUGUUUUCCUGGUUCUGCUCCUCUCGCUCUGCAUCACUUCCUGGAGGUUGUUCCAGCUCACAUGGAAUUCCUCCACUUUAUUAUUCCUUUGAGCACAAUAGUAUUCCAUCACCAACAUAUACCACAAUUUGUUCAGCCAUUCCCCAACUGAUGGGCAUCCCUUCAUUUUCCAGUUUUUGGCCACCACAAAGAGCGCAGCUAUGAAUAUUUUUGUACAAGUCUUUUUGUCCAUUAUCUCUUUGGGGUACAAACCCACCAGUGCUAUGGCUGGAUCAAAGGGCAGACAGUCUUUUAUCACCCUUUGGGCCCUCCAGAAUGCAAAACAAACCUUCUUAGUGAACAUGUCCAACAGUGUAUGUAGCAUUCUGUAUCUCUAACAACAUAGAAGAUGGAAGUAAAUCUCUGGUUUCUGGACUUGAGAUUGUUCUCCUUUUCCAUAGAUGCACAGUUUCAGAGCUGGAAAGACAAUUGAGGCCAUCUAGUCCAAUGGCCUCAUUGUACAGAUGGAGAAACUAAGGCUUUUUGAGGUGGAGUGGCUCACUCAAUGAGGUCACUCACACAGCUAGGAGGGGAGAGAAACUUUAGAGCUCUCUUCCUCCUAAUUCUUUCAUACAAGAGAACCCUUCUCAACCUCCUCUAAAAGUAAUUAUGUACAUCAACAUAGGCAGGGACUUUUUCUAAACUUUCAAUCAUUAGGGUAGAUGGAGAAUUCGCUUUCUGAUUAAUUAAACCUUAGCACUUCCCUAAGACUUUACAUUUAUUUUGUAUAGUGUGGAAGCCAGAGAUAAUUCUCUUGCCAUAAUCAGAUAUUGUCUGGCAGCUUGUUUGCCUUUAAAACACUCUAGUAAGGCAAUCUGGGAUGUGUGUGUGUGUGUGUAUUAGAGAGAGAGAGAGAGAGAGAGAGAGAGAGAGAGAGAGAGAGAGAGUGAUGGUGCUGCUGGAAAACCUGGCCUUGAGGGUAGAACUAGGAGCAGUGAAUGGAGAUUUGGGCUUGCUGUAAGAACCCCCCUCAUUAAAUUUGUAAAGGAAUCCAAGUGCCCUCAAAGAGGAAUGGGAUACCUGGGGAGGUAGUGUGUUUCUCCUCAGUACAAGUCUUGAAGCAAAGCCGAGGUGACCACUUGGAAAGGAUGCUGGACAGGGGCAGCACAUCCAGGGACAGAUUGGAGUAGAUAGCUUCCAAGCUUUCUUCCUAAUCUGAAAUUCAGAGAAUCAUAGAUUGAAAGGGAAUGGGAGAAGUCAUCUUGUCUUAGCCUCUCGUUUUACCAUUGGUGGGCAGGGGAAACCCAAAGAAGGUCACACAGUAAGAAGGGACUGAGGUGGCAUCUGACCCCAAAUCUAGAAUUCUUUCCAGCACUUAGCUGAGUGCUAGCCUAGAACAGAUGCUUCAUAAUGAUGACUAACAUGCCUUUCCACUCUGCUACACUGCUUCUGUAUUCUUUGAAUCCUGGCUUUGCUGCUUAUUAGUUGUAUGACGAUGAGCAACACUCAACUUCUCUGCAUGGCGCUUUAGUUUCCCUCCCUGUGCAAUGGGCAGAGUAAUCCCUGUAGUCCCUACCUCACAGGGUUGUUGUGGGGCCUACACAAAGAAAUGUAUAUGCAUGUGCUAUGUAAUUUUAACUUAUUGUAUAAACAUAAGGCUUAAUUGGUAAUUAAGUCAUCAUGUUCAUAAAGUUCUGCUAAAUUUCCUGAGAAAGCUCACUACUUUGCGGAAAUGGGCCUCUGUGUUCAGAAUCAUUGUUAUAAGGGUCUGGAUUUCUGUCUUCUUAUUGACAUGCUUUUGCUUAAAUAGUGCCUUGAAUACUCCAAGCCUUUCAGUCCUUCUUCUCGUCUGUCACAACUUCUGAUGCUGGAAUGCGCCAGUGUGUCAGGCCAAGAGGAACAUCACAAGAUGGACUCAGGUCACAGUUCAAGGAGGCUUGUGGGACCUUGGAAGCUGGCAGUGAAAUAGGCAGGCCACUUCUAGAUGCUGUACAGGCUUCCUUGUUCUUGUGAGUGCCUCUUGAGUGAGGUGCCUACCCUUAGCACCGUCAGAAGACACCUCUUUUUCUCUCUCCAUCCCUUGGCAGUGGAUCAAGACGUCUCCAUGUGCAGAUACAUGAUCUUGAGGAGGAAGAAGGUCUUUCUUCCUGAGUGGCAAUGGUGGUAACAUGGGCAAUGAGGCUGGGCAAUGAAAUCGGCACCUCCAAGACUGUAAGUUUGGGUGCCAUUUAAGGGAUACCAGGUUCCUAGCACCUCACUUUGGUUACUUUCAGAGACUGGGUGUAAGGGUGUCGGCCAUCCCUCCAUCAGUGCUGAGCACAGGUUUAGGGAAGCCAUCACACUUUAGUAAAUAGUAUGUAGGAGUUUCUGGAUCCUUCCUUUCCACAAAUUGUGGUGACUAACCCUUAAGGGAUGAGCUCCUCCACACUCUGCUAGGCUCGUCCUUGAACAACACACACAUGGUUUUGCCAGUUUGGUGUAGGUUUUGCCAGAGUUUGGACUCUGUAAUUGCCAUGGGGCACCCAAAUACCACAGGGUGGCACUAGAGGAAGAUGGCAGUGAGGAGCCCAUGAAAUAAGCCAAGUAGGACCACUGCUUCCCUCUACUUAUUGAGCCUCCAUGGGUACUUCUGGGUAUACUAGAUAUAAAGAUGCAAUGCUACUUGUCUGCAAGAACUUUGUUUUUUUUAACAAAAGAGACCAUAAAGCCAAGCACAGUAAUGUAGAGAGUACCAAGGUGCAUCAAUGAGUUGAGGAUCAUGCUGGUCGGGGAGAAUGGUUCUGUUCAUUAAAGGGACUUUCUAGAGGGAAGGACCUUGGGUGCAGCCCAGGCAAAUGGAAGGAUGUUGUUCCUCAAACUGGGGAUAAUUUAGACAAAAACUAAGAGAGUGGAAGGGAGGACCAAGUGCCAGGGAAAGCAGGAAAACAAGGACUUCUGGGCUCUUUUGCUCCUUGAUUUCUUUCCCUCCCUAUACUGUUUAACAAAUGCUUUGCCAUUCAUCUGUCCAUAUCCAGUUUCUCUGAGGAUCACGCUGCUAUUACUUGGUUAUUCCACCUCAGCAGCACUUUGAGGUGUUUCCCCAUGAGACGCUGAACCAUCACCAGUGGUGGAAUGGAUGAAAGGAGCAUCUGAGCUGCUAACUCACUGGGACCAGGACUAGAUGCCAGAAUUGGCCCAUUGGUCCUACACACUGUUCCAAGGGGUGUCCGGACGAAGCAGAGAAUGAAAGUCCCUGGCCUUCAGGAAGUUGAUAUUCUUUUGUGGGAACAUGGCCUGCAUAUAGGAAGGUGUUUCUGGAGAAUCCUCAAGAGGUGUCCUCACAUUCCACCAUGAAGGCUUCUUCUGGAGAUGCUGGUUCUCAGGAGAGGGAACCCAAGGGGACGUCUGGAAAUUCUGGUUCACUAACCAACCUCAUACCAAGCACUGCCGCUCCGGUUAUCUCUUUCCUAUGCCCAUUGCUCUGGGACCUUUACCACAUCCUUCUUAUGAUGCGACUGCAGUGUACCGAGGAUUCUGGACCGUUUUCAUCGUGCUAGGUGUUUCUGCCAGCCUGGUGGGUGUAUUCCUCCUGGUGUGUGGGGCACCUUUUGUUAACGCUCGACUUUAUAAAUUUGGUGGGAUCUUCCUUAUUGCUUCAGGGUGCUUUUUCCUCCUCCUCCUCAUCUUGUUUGUGCUGUGGAAGGAGUGUGCAGCUGACUUUCAGAAAUACAUACUUCUGGAAAGGAGUGAAAAGUGCAUCCCAGAGAAUGCCCCUGUCCAUGUGCAUUACGGCUGGUCUUUUUUAUUUGCUGCUGUUGGGACACCUUUAGUUUACCUUUCAGGACUUCUCUUUUAUUUCAUUGGCCAGAAGAACAUGAAGGUCCCAAAGUGAAAGAAGGGAGAGAGAGAUAUGCAUCCAUUCUCUCAGGAACCACCCCCACCCACCAGAGUACACAUUUACACACAUACAUACACACAUACACACACACACACACACACACACACACACUACUGAGACCUCCCCUUAGCAUGUUUCCUAUACUUACUGGAAGAAAGUUCUCCUACCAUUUAAGGGGUUUGCUUUGUCUGACUCCUCAAGAUUUUACCCACCAUAGUAGACGUUAAUCAAGAAAGGGUGACAAAUGGUAUAUUUGGAGAAGUCUUGGAAAGAGAGAGAGCACUAGACCGAACUCGACAGAGAUAGCGUGUAAAAGGGCCCAGAAGUAGAUUUUCAUUGGCCUCAGAUUUGGAGAACAAAGAGGUUGGCUGAGGCUUCCCUAAUGUUUUUGUGAAUCAUCCUCAGUUGGCAGCCUCAUUUGUAUUGGAGCUGUUAUUUCAUUUCCAAUCUCUCCCAAAUCCAACUGUGAUUUACAGGAAGUUGUUUCAGAAAGAAUAAAAAUUGAGUGUGAUUUGAGGGGGGGAGUCGGGAGAAAGAAUUAGUCAUAACUGACAUCCCAAGCCAGCCAUGAUUAUUUCUCACGCAGUUUAAACCUGGUGAAGUUGAAGAAGUUAUACCAGAAGGGACAGAGGGAUGGAGAAAAGGAGGGAGGGGGGGGAAGUGGAGGGGAGAGAGAGAGAGAGAGAGAGAGAGAGAGAGAGAGAGAGAGAGAGAGAGAGAGAGAGAGAGAGAGAGAGAGAGAGAGAGAGAUUUUUUUCCCUUUCCUCUUUUUCCUAUUCAAUCAGAAUUUGGAAAGUCAGCUCAGUGUGAAUGCAUACACAUUUUAAUGGGUUGGAGAAGAGAUAGCUUAUAUCCUGAGGCAAUCUAGUUCUCAUUUCCAUGCAGCUGACUGUCCAUCCUUCCAAGCGAAGAGGGCCAUAUUUCACUAAGAGAAUUAGAAAAAAUAUUCUAAACAUAAAAGCCUGCACUUGGGUAAGCAAAAUAAAGAGCCAACUUUUCAGUCAUAGUAUAGGCCUUUUUGCAGAGGAAAACAUGCAACACUGAGAUGCCACUGCUUUUGAUUUUGCCCUGGAAACAUAUUUGUAUUUUGUGAAGCAAAUACAGCUCCUGGCUCCAGAUGAAAGUGGAAAAGUAGAUGGAAGUCAGUGUCUGGAGGCAGGCACAUAAAUGCCAUAUUCAUUCAUUCAUUAGGAUCCCUUUCAAGUCUUUUCUGUCAGCCAUAAUCAUUUGGCUGCUUAGGGUUUAAUGCUUCCCAUCAUUUUUGGUCCUUAGACCCCCAUACCUCUUUCCUUCUUCUGGUAGGAGGUAGUGCUGGCUUACUAGACUUCGGAGAAAGUCCGAGGCUAUUUUGGAGACACCAGUGAGGGAUGUGCUAAGUCGCUGUUUUGUUUAUGCCAGAAUCCGAAAGAGAAUAAACUGUCAUCCUGUUAAAAUAGUCAUGUGGCAGGCAGGAGACCUGCUUGGAAACCCUUGAGGAUCCCUCCAAUUCAUAGCUAGUCUUUGACCCACACGCCACACACAAAACCAUUGCAUAAGCACCAGUAGGCGCCACCAGUAAGUGAAAAGGUGCCUCCAUAUCCAUUACUGUAUAUACUCUUGGUUUGCAUUUGAGAGCAGGGACUUAGGCUCAGAUAGUAGUUUCAAAUACCAACACUUGUAUCCAAGGCACAGGAUUCUCUCUAAUCUAAGAAUGAUUGCGAGCAGAUCCAUUAGCCGAUGAGCAUGCUAAUUAUUCUUUCCUGUCUUGGCCAUUGUCUCCUGGUAAAUCGUUAGCUAUGACACAUAUUUUUUGAACAUAUGGUCCUAUGUAUAAUAGAUUUAACUUCAGUGAUCUCUCCAACGUUAGCUCUCUUGUUGGUGUCAAUGUAUUUGUUCACUUAAAAAUAGGUGUCAAUAAAAUAUAUUGUGAUGUC